UUGAUUAUCAUGAUUUAAUAAUGAAUUAUGUUACCUUGAUCCAGGGUUGCAGUAACUAGAACACCUCUUUCAACCUAUGAUGCCACCUUAUGCAGCACUUUAUUCACCUGGAGGGGUUUAUACUCAUCCUGCCAUUCCUAUUGUUAAAUUCUCCAACCACAUUUGAAAUGCCACUGGAGGUUUUGGGCCAUGAAUUGCAGUUUACUCAGGAUCCCAAUUCAAAGCACUUAGGAACAAAAGUGUGGGAUUCAUCACUUGUUUUUGCCAAAUUUCUUGAACGGAAUUGCAGAAAGGGAAGGUUUUCUCCAGCUAAACUUAAAGGAAAACGUGUAAUUGAACUUGGAGCUGGCUAUGGUGUUUCUGGUUUUGGUAAUGUUACAAAUGAUUUUUAAUGUUUGGUUAGCCUAUUAAUUAACUCGUCCUAUAUGGACUCCCUUAUUGAAAAUGUUAUGUAAGUAACUAAUAAGUUUUUAAUCAGCUGCAAUAAUUACAAUAAAAACUAAGAGAAAAAAUGCUAAAAAAAAUAAAGAUUUUCUUUAAUAGAUAAUUAAAUACUUAUUUAAGAGAAUGUAUUAUUUUAUUUUUAUUAAUUUUUAACAUAAAUUAUAUAUUAUUUUAUUCUUUUCACACAAAAACCUCUUCAUCAUAGAAUUAUCUAACAUUUUAUACUUUUCAAGUGUCCCAUUUGCUUCUUUUUAGCUGUGUAAGCAAUGACAUGAAGGAUUAAAACAAUUAUUAGCUGUUGGUUGGAUUCAAAUUUUGUAACAAAGAAUGUGAACUCUUCAA